AUGCGUAAUUCACCAUCGACACCGAGACCGGCGAGUCCAGUCCGUCAUGCCGCUCAUUUGCAUGCCCGUCAAGAUGACAUCUGCCUUCCUUCAGCUCUCCUCUCUUCUGUCCCCAGCUGCGCCGUUCCUUGCAUCCAAUUCUUCGCAAACACCAACUACCCAGGGAGUACUUGCGCCGACACUACCAACCUCGACUACUUGUGCACUCGGGAGAAUACAUCUGAUCUGACGAUAGGAGAAGGCUCUGUACAGUGUGUCAAAGCCUUGUGUAGAGGUUCAGAUCAAGACAACGUCUCUGUUUACAACGUCUGCGGCUCAGUCAGGGGAGCGCUUCCAAAUCUUGCAAGUACCAUCACUGCAACGCUUGUUGAUCCCACGGCUUUCGCGUCUGGAGCCAUGGAAACUCUCCCUGCAACAAUCGGCAGUCCCGCCACCACAGAAAGCGUGAGCAUGAUUGUCAUGGACACAGGAAGCCACUCCAUCCCAAGCGGGUCUGCCUCAGGUCCGCUAACAGACAGCGGCACUUUUGGUACCAGUGCUGCCUAUACUACUGGCCAUACCACACCAGGAUCCGCGGCGAUCACUGAGCAAGCUGCUGGCAGGGACGGCUUGACUACUGCUCAGAUCGCAGGGAUUGCGGCUGGCGGCGCUGGCUUUAUCCUGGCUGCCGUUGGAUUAUUUAUGUUCAUAUUGUGCAUGCGAAAAAGGCGACGAGAACGGAGACGAAGUCAAAGAAGGUCACGAGUGGUUGAUGCCCCACCGCCCCCUGUUUAUCAGAGUCCUUUGCAGAAGCAGGAUCCGCCUCUCACUACAGACCCCAAUUCGCUCACAGUUCCAAUGUUGAAUGGCCGCUUUUAUGCUCCUCCGUCGGACCAAGGAGUGGAAGAAAAAUCCAAACGCCGAAGCUUUUGGAGGAAGAGCAUCAAGCCCGAGGAUAUAGGCGUGGCUGUAUCUCCACAAGUGCCUGGAGAGAUAUCACCCGUCAGCGUCACGUCACAACAAAGCAGCUCACGACUCUUACCAACCUUCCCCGCCAGGGCCUUGUGGCCUGAUCCUCUAAACGUCCAGGGUUCUGGACGUCGUCAACCUGCACAGCCAAUGAGUGAUGUCGGUUCUGUUGGUGACAUUGAGUCUGCGCCUGGCGCUGCAGACGCCCAAUCAGUGUAUGUCGAUAAUCAGCCGUUUGAUUUAUUGCCAGUUCGCAAAAAGCAGCGCGUCGCUCCUCCGCCACUACAAUCCCCUGCUGUGGUAGAGGCAUCUAACGGCACCACUAAGGCACAACGCGCCCCAGUUGAACGAAUUCCUUUGACUCCAACAUAUGACAAUGGUAAUAUCAGUGUGCCGUUGUCGGCUAGAGGCUUCGGAUCCCCCAACUAUCGAAGUUCUCCCAGCAGAUCAGAGCCGGUGUUUAUCGCCCUGAAGGCUCCUGAGCAUCAAUUGCCGCCGUCCUCAUCCUACGCGAACCGGAAAGUGUUGAAGAAGAGUCGGGGUGCUGGACCACCACCAACACGGACCAUUACUCCAUUAAUAGAGCCAUCAGAGCAGCUUCGCACUGCCCCCACUCCACAGUAUGUGCCAACCAGGGACAUGCAACGUCGCUCAGGAUCCUUGAGCUCGGAACUCACCGAGAUUGAGGAAGACACAACACCGGAAGAGUCAGACAGACAACUUGAACUGUCUGCUCUUCCUCGGACUGAAGCGACAGGGCUGCAGAGCCCUCUGAAAGAUCUCAGAUACCCUAAUAUCCCUAGAUCUGCGGCAGUCUCUCGACAGGCUGAAACGCCACCUAUGCCUAAGAUGCAAUUUAAUCCAUCGAACAGGGGGAUGCCUCUCAGACUCACGAGGGAUCAGUUGAUCCGAGCCGAAGCCUCGUUCAUGAAGACCGACAGCACAUCCUCGGAUGGGUACCUUUCGGACUCAACCAUUGAAUUUCCAGCACCACCUGGAGAGGCCAGCUCGAUCUCAUACAGGAUCAACCGUGAACCGCUGCGGAUGUUCAAGAAUGAAUCGGCUGCCUCGCGGGAUGAGACGGGCACAAUACUUCAACGGUCACCAUCCGGAAAGGCCAAGCUGACCCCGAGCAAAUCCAAAUCUGGAGACUUGUAUUUGACAGUUUCAAUCUAG